CCGAAACCGAACUGCACUUCACACACAGGCACAGUUCAGGUGCAACGUUCAAGGUGCCACUGCCGUCAGUUGUUCCUAGGAGUGAGUGUAUAGAACGUGCUGCCAUGGUUUACGCCGGUUGGAAAGUGUUUGCCCUGCGAAAAGUUGAGCAAUAUCGUGAGCUCCGCUAAUGUUCUUACCGUCAUCGUUUCAGUGAUCAUUCGAAGAUAAUUGCAGGUGUUGAGUAGCACAUUUCUCUGGAAGACGCCACUACAGACGACAAUGGCUUUUCAGCUUCUUCUGAUUGUACCCGUCUUUGUUGCCGCCGUUGAAAAGUCUUGCAAGUUAAUCAUGACAGAUAGCACAAUGCCUCCCACCAACGUCCAGGUUGUCGAUCUAUUACGGUGUCCAGAGGACAACUACUGCUGCAACGCUUCCGUGAUAGUUUCAGCUAUGUUCGACUCGUUUACCUGCUCCUGUGCCAGAAACUGUGCCGCUUAUGGUGACUGUUGCUGGGAUGCUGUAUUACCGUACCGAAACUACAAACACCCAAUGUCCCGAUCAGGAUGUAUACCUGUCACACUUGCGUGGGGGCCUCACACGUACCACAUGAUAACUGGCUGUGCAACUUCAUGGCCAGACGAUGACGUGCGUGAAUCCUGCGAAAGCGCGAGGAACUACAGCGACGUCUUCUACUCAGUUCCUGCAACGAGUGCGCAAGGUGUCGUCUACUUCAACGGUUUCUGUGCCCUUUGCAAUUACGACACGAAUGACCUUGUCUUCUGGAAUGCUUCGAAAAGUAGCGGAACAAAUGAUACAGUGUUUUAUGUGCCAGACACCCAUUUCAGUGAUGGUGACAUGAAUCCACAUAGAAUCUGUGACGAUGGAGUUACUUACAUCGACACAUGCAAAGAUUUCUCGAAUGAAGACUGGGUUAGAUUGUGCGAAAUACAUUAUGCACCCGUCCAAGGCGUUGUAGGUACCUCCGUUGUGCCAUACAAAAAUGUGUUCUGCGCCUUAUGUAACGGUGAAGAAGCCUCCAAUUUAACAUGUACUCCAUUGUCAUCCUGGUUCCCCGUACAAUUCGGUCCGGGUACUGGAGGCCCUAACAUCCUUGAAUUGUUGCGUCCCAUUACCAGUCGUGACAGUUGUGCCUUCUGGCAAGGAAACAAGUGUUAUAUUCAAUCGGCAGAACACCGCUUCAGAGACUACGCUUCAGCCCGAGGUGACAGCUUCGUUUUCAACGCGUCAAAUAGAAUAGAACUCGUUUCUGUGCCCUACACGGCACAGAGCGUCCUAACCAUUGUCUGUAUCAGUAUCUCACUGGCAUGUCUAACGCUAAAGGUUGUUGUGUACAUUAGCUUUAAGAAUGCACGCGGAUUCUCGUCCAAGUCUACCUUAUGCCUUACCUGUACUUUGAUGGUCAGUCAGUUUCUGUUCUUAAUGGCUAACUCUUUGCACUUGUCGUAUUACGUUUGCGCGACGUCAGCUGCACUUCUACACUACGGUUUCUUAGCAACCUUCUGCUGGACAUCCGUGCUAUCAUACGACAUCUGGAAAAACACGGUUUAUUUGAGUCAUGCUCGACGCGAUAGAUCAUUAUUGAGGUACUGUGCAAUGUCCUGGCUUCCUCCGUUUUGUGUUGUAGCAAUAGCAAUAGCAGUUGAAGUAACCGUUCCGUCGUCGUCAUUGGCACCUCAUUACGGACAAGGAUCUUGUUGGAUGUCUACUUACGAAUCUCAGGCUGUCUUCUUCCUAACACCCAUGGCAAUACUCCUUAUCAUCGGCAUUUGCUUGUACUUACACAUUGUAGUUCACGUGCGCCACACUGUCAAGAAGGCAUCAGGGUUUGAGUUCCGCUCAGGUGGUGAACGUUCACACAUGUCAUUGUACGUGAAGCUGGCGUUCAUUAUGGGGGCAACGUGGGUUCUUGGUUUUGUGUCAGUCUUUGUGCAAUCAUCAGUCACGGACGUUGUGGUUAUCGUGUUGAUCGGGCUACAAGGUGUUUAUUUGUUUGUUGGGUUUAAAGACUACCGUUAUUUUCUUGCGUGUGCACGUUCGCCUCAGCACAGCACGACGUGUCGCGUAACGAGCUGCCCGAUUGCAGAGAAACCGGGAACUGCAUGAUUGAGACAAAUGAGGAGGAAACAGCAUUCGGUAUGGCAUUCGACACAGAUGGCUGUCAAACGCACUAUGAUGAUGACGCGCUGACGUUUAACAAGACCGACAAAACCUCCAUUGCCAAUUUGAAUGAAAUAUUUACAGCUAAAGGGCAUAGACGAGUUCCAUUUUGAGGGUUGCGGUUAAAGGAUGGAUGCAUGGAAAGGGUAUUCAAGCUGUCUAAAACCCGCUCGUAUUUCGUGAAAUGGCCCAUGAAAAGCAGGUUUCCGGACUCCACCUCCAAGCCACUCCUCCAGUCCUGUGACGUCGCACCGGCAAUGCGCCUCAUUCGGUGCGAAAAGUUCGUCUGCCCUCGAGAGAGAGAGCUGUUAUCCUAGUUCGCUUCUAGGACAUCAA